AUGAGUGGCAGGACUCACGACGACCCUGAAAACCCGCCUCUGCACCAAUCACUUUUCCCCGCGCACGUCCGAGCGAGGGAUGCGGCGGAACCAUCGGCGGGAAUCGCGGGGCCGCGCGGAGAAGAGCUGCAAGUGGCGAGACCAGUAGAAGGACCAGCGGCGCCGGGGCAAGGAGCGGAAUGUCCAGAGGCGGAGAAAGUGGGGGGAAGCGGAGGGGGAAGAUGGGGCCGCGCUGAGCUGUCAGCGGCGGAGAAUAGCGCAGUGCCCGCGGUAAGGGGCGCGAGCGGCGGAAGGGGAACGCACGGCGGAAGGGGAGCGGGUGGCGGAAGGAAGCGGCGGAAGCGGAUUGCAGUGGCGCGCACAGUCCUGGGAUGCGCGUGCGCGCUGCUGGCGCUUCUGGGGGUUGCGCUGAUGGCGCGGAGGGGGGAAGACGGCGGAAUCUCGGGCGCGUGGCUCGCAGCCGAACCUCUGCUGGUCCACCCCUCUCUGGAGCCCUCCCCUCUGCUGCUGCGGGGCCUGGGUAGCUUUACACCCGAGACUGAUAUGCGUAAGGUGGAGCAAGUGCGAAGAGAAAGCACCUAUGUCCCACCCGUUGUUCAGCGCAUUUAUAUUGACAUUUCAGGAGCCAGCAUGACAUUCAAGGAUGAAAUUCAGGUCCCGGACCCCAUCCAUGCUUUACCACCGGAAGAGCAGCAGCUGCUGCUGAGGCUGGCGGAACUGGCAGAGAGGGAUGAGGGGGAGGGGGAGAGUGAGAAACGGGAGGGGGAGGGGGAGGGGGAGGGGGAGGGGGAGGGGGAGAGUGAGAAACGGGAGGGGGAGGGGGAGGGGGAGAGUGGGGAAAUGGAAGGGGGGAAGGAGGAGGAUAGUGGGGAACAGGAAGGGGAGGGGAAGGGGGAGAGUGAGAAACGGGAGGGGGAGGAAGAGGAGGAGAGUGAGAAACGGGAGAGUGGGGAAAGGAAAGGGGGGAGGGAGGAGGAAAGUGGGGAACAGGAAGGGGAGGGGAAGGGGGAGAGUGGGAAACGAGUGGGGGAGGAAGAGGAGGAUAUUGGGGAAAGGGGGAAGAAAAUUGAGGAGGGGGAGGUGAAAGGGGAGAAGGCAGAGGAGGAAGAUAGGGAAAGGGAGGAGAGUGAAAUCGAUGUGAAAAGGGUGAAUGAGGAGGAGGCAGAGGAGGAAACGAAGGGAGAAAGGUGGAAGGGGAGAAAGGGAAGGCAAGAGGAAGAGGAGGCGAAUGAGGAGGAGGAGGAGGAGGAGGAGGAGGAGGAGGAGGAGGAGGAGGAGGAGGAGGAGGAGGAGGAGGAGGAAAGGACGGAAGCAGCAGGGCUGAGGAAGAAGAGGGCAGUGGAGGAAGAGGAGGGAAGUGGUGGAAACGAGGAGGUGAAAGAGGGAGAAGAAACUAAGGGAGUGGAAUAA